GGCUCUCAAUGAAGAUCUACGAACCGAUCAAAAUUUCUUUGGCGUUCUUCCAGCGCGCGCCACGCGCAAACCGUGCACCCCACCGACUGCAGACCCAGCAAAGGCACACGCCCGAAGCGUCGUCUACGCGGUGCGCAAGUUUCAGCCACCUCCUCGCAACCGUUUGACCUCCACGCGCCGAUAACUGACCCCAUGUCACCGAAAAUUUCACCAAAACUGCGAACUGCAAUAUAUUGGGGAGACCAAGUGCGGACACACAAACAGACAGACAGACGGAUUCUGUUCGAAUAAAACGCUGGCGAGAAGGAAGUGUUCUACAACAGUGAUGAUCUGGGAGACUUUGACCCCUCGCGGAAGACGGUGAUCAUGACCCACGGAUUUAACGACGCUGGUGAUACAUCGUUCCUGGUCGAGUCCAAGGAUCUCCUGCUCAAGAAGGGCGACUACAACGUGGUGAUUGUGGACUGGCGGGACGGCGCCAGCAUCCCGUACCUGCAGGCCACGGCCAACACGCAGCUGGUGGGACGGCAGAUCGCCCUGCUUGUCAACAAGAUGAUCAGCGCCGGCGCCUCGGCCGCCGACUUCCACCUGGCCGGCCACUCGCUCGGAGCGCACAUCUGCGGAUACGCCGGCAACGGCAUCGAGGGCCUCGGCCGCAUCACAGGUCUGGACCCCGCCGAGCCAUACUUUGAGGACACGGAUGUGAUUGUGCACCUGGACCCGACUGACGCCCAGUACGUGGACAUCAUCCACUCGGACGGCCGCAGCAUGGCCUUCCUCGGCGCCGGCUUCACUAAGGCCAACGGCCACGUGGAUUUCUUCCCCAACGACGGCAAGAACCAGCCGGGCUGCGGUGACCUGGACGCCGAGAUCGAGGGCCUCAUCUGGGAUCUGGAGACUCUCGACUUUGUUGCGGCGGCCGGCCUGCUUGGCUGCUCUCACGCCCGCUCGCACCAGAUUUUCGUCGAGUCUCUCCGGGAGCAGAGCUGCAGCUUCCUGGCCUUCCAGUGCUCGGACUACGACGAGUACCUGGCGGGCACCUGCCAGACCAUGAACACCCCGACGCUGGGCCUGAUUGGGCUGGAGAAUAUCGAUAUGAACCUGAACGGCUCCUACUACCUGCAAACCACGGCCGUCAACGAGGCGCUCUGCGUCAACUACUACGAGCUGACGGUGGAGCUGAACUCUGACCAGGAGGAUACCGUCGGCAACAUGGUGAUUGUGCUCAACGGAGAGCUGGGCUCUACUGACCGACUGCCCGCAUGGAGCGACCACGUGGACCUGACUGCCGGCGCCGAGCGGCGCACCACCAUCCACACGCCUGUCUCUCUGGGCGCGCUGACCUCCGUCGACGUCACCUACCACGACCACCACGGCACUGAGCAGAAGACGCUCAGCGCCGCCGCCCUGCGCGUCAGCACGGCCAACCGCAGCCUGCAGGUGUCCACUCAGAGGUUCUGCUACACCGGCCCGCCGGUCACCGACAAGGCCACAGUCACCUACCAGGCCUGCUAGAGACAUCGAGGGCGACAAAGUCGGGAUACAGUAUGUGGAAUGGCAUAGUUUUGCUUGUAAAUAAACUAGAACGAAGAA